AUUUGUUGUCAAGGAUAAUAUGAUUACAGAAUUCAAGCCCUACAUCGAAACUAUUUGCGGAUCAUAUUACUCUUUAGGAUUAUAUACACAUAAUACUAGAAAUACUUGAUAUGUUUAUCAUUAGUCACUAGUAUCUACAAAAUUAAAUAUCGCAUAUAUCUCCAUGUAAGAUCCAUGUCAUCACAUGCAAACACUGCUAUAUAUAGAGAUGUAUUUUCUUAAUUUGUCGAUCAUUCAUCAUAUUCGUUCAUGCAUGACAAUGGGUUCGAAAGUCUCUUCCAUAGCUACUUUCUCAUUUUCCUUCCUACUUAUUUUUCUCUUCAUUGGAUUUUUUGCUUUUGCAAAUGGUAAGGACGAGGGCACUCACAAUGUUUAUGGCACUAGCGUUUUAAUUAGUGAUAGUGUUGUUGUUAGUCAAGAUGGAAGCGGAAACUUCAACACUAUCAACCAAGCUGUGGCUGCUGCACCAAAUAACAAUAAUGCAAUAAAGGGUUAUUUCUUGAUUAAUAUCAAAGAGGGGGUGUAUAAAGAAUAUGUGUUCAUCCCUAAGAACAAGCCAUAUAUCAUGAUGGUUGGACAAGGAUUCAACCGAACAGUCAUUACCGGAAACCGCAACCAUGAUCAAGGAUUGAAAACACAUGACACUCCAACAUUUGGAUUUGUAGCGAUUAACCUCACGUUCCAGAACACUGCUAGGCCAAGCAAAGAACAAGCAGUUGCAUUAAGAAAUGAAGCAGAUAUGUCCACCUUCUACCGUUGCAUCUUUGAUGGGCACCAGGAUACUCUAUAUGUAGAUAAAAAUAGACAAUUCUAUAUAGAAUGUGACAUAUAUGGAACAGUAGAUUUCAUAUUUGGAGGUGCUCAGGUUGUUUUGCAAAAUUGCAACAUAUAUCCCCGUCUUCCUCAACAUCGACAGUUUAAUACCAUCACUGCUUCGGAAAGAAUGUCCCCACCGGAUAAGGCAGCCAUUACAAUUCACAACUGCACUGUUAAACCUACUAGGGAUCUAGCUUCGAGCAAUGGUAGUGUUAAGACCUACCUCGGAAGGCCCUGGAAGAAGUAUUCUAGAGUUGUUGUUAUGCAAACCUUUUUGGACAGUCUAAUAGACCCAGCAGGUUGGUUUAUAGGGAAGGGCGAUGGUACAUCGUACUUCGCAGAGUAUGACAACAGAGGACCUGGGGCAAACACUUCUGGUAGAGCAACAUGGCCUGGUUACCAUCUCAUAAAUGCUGCUGAUGCUGCUAAAUUUACAGUAGCCAAUUUUCUGCAAGGAAAUGAUUGGUUGCCUCAAACUGGAGUGCCUUACUUUCCUGGACUUAUGCCUUGA